AUGCAUUCGAGAUCUAAUACAAGGAAUUCAGCCACUCCUGAUUAUUUUGAUAGAACAUACCCGGCCUCGUACGCUAAAAUGAAGAAACUUGAUCUUGGACCUAAUAAAGGGGCAAGUAGCGAUGAGGUAAAGGACUUCUGGAAAGGCAUUGAAAGUGACAAGAGAUAUGAAACUGCUCUCAAAAAUUUGGAUAUGGUAUUCACUGUGGAGCGUACAUUGGAACAUAACGACUAUAUAAAUGAAGUGGGACAACGGCGCAGACAGGUUAUGAAACGUAUUUCUGAAGAUUACCAAGAAGAAAACUUCAUUGACUCAAAUCAAUCCAAUAAAAACAAUUAUUCUUUGAGAAAAAAACAACGUGUAAAUUAUAAUGAGGAAGAAAUGCUUAAGAGGCAAUAUCAGUACAGAGAAACUUCGCCGUCGCCACGCCAACCUGCAGGUAACCUCCCAUUUGAUAACAGUCAUGAAUCUGGCGAUUCGGAUACCGGAAUUGAACCUAAUUGCCCAGUAAUAAUCAACGACGUUAUGGAACUGCAAUUGGGACCAUUACCCCGAAAAGAGUCCAGAUGGUUCGUAAAUGACAUGGAUGUUUCUGAAAAGUGGCAUCUCUUCAAGGAAGAGUCAUUGAAAUUAGCAAAGAGGGAAGUGGAGGUUUUUGGUGACGAGUUACUAGAAAUUAUGCAUAACGAUAUUUUACAAAGACUUACUAACCAAAAAACGGAAUUUGACGAGGAAACAUUAGUGAAACUUGUCCGGAUUGUUAAGCGCCUACAACGAAAAGAAAUCACGAGAGAUGAUGCUGUUUCAGAAUUGCAAAUUCUGGCAGUUGGCCGUUCUUAUGGAGAACGUGCAAUUUUGAAGGCUAUAAGAAACAUUAUUGAAAGCGUUCCAAGAGUAACAUUAAAAAGCCCUGUCGGUGAGGUGGAAUUAUGUACUAGUUAUAUCGAUACAAUUCUCUGCCCAAUAUUUUCGGAUCCUGAUAGUGGUGGUUACAGGGCGAAUAAACAGGCAGAAGAGUCAAAGGCCAGAAAGUAUACGAGUAGAGCCAAACAACCAGAUGCCAUCAUUAAUGAGAUAAAUCAGUUAUCUUGGGGUCUAAGUAAAGGACAUGGUGAAGCAAAAGUUCAAGAAGAGGAGAAUAACCUUUACCUCCUUUGCACGGAUCUCAUCCGGGUAGCUGUGUUUAACAAAGAUGCGAUCGACUUUUAUAACAUGAAUUGUAUGCUCGGAUUUCAGGUUGUCGGGCAACAUAUCACAUUCUAUCUCACCACGCUUUUGUGUGACGUCUUAUAUGUUAUGGUGGAAUUUGGUCAUAUUAAUGUGCCUAUGUCACUUGAACAGGUUCCUGCCUUCCUCACUAGCCUUGAUACACUUCUCAUCAUAUCUGAUGCGUUCUGGGCUAAUU